AUGGCUUCCGGCCUCCUCCUCUCCCGCGUCACCAGUGCGCCUGAGCCCGGCCGUUCAGUAGCAGAUGGUCCUUUCUUGCCAUCAUUGCAUCAGACACCGCAAAAACGCGACUCGCCCAUGGACCACUCUUACCGGCGACGUGUUGGCGACCGAUCGCCUCCUCCUGCCAGACACUUGUGGUCUCCUGGAAGUACCAGUCCGCGGCGUGAGCUGGAAGAGCCUCCAGACAAGCGCCCGCGUUUGGAGUAUAUACCGGAAAAGUUGGAAGCAGCAGAGGCAUCGUCUAAGAGGAAGAUGUACCCUCAAACCAGCUCGUAUGUUUACCCGGGCGAGCACCGCCCGCCCAAUCUCCCUCCGGAGGACAUUUCUCAGCAGCGAUCGUGGCGCGGAUCAUGCGGCAACUGUUCAGAUACCGAGUCUCUGGUGAUGGAUCUUGUGCGUGGGUUUUUGGAGCUUCAGUCAGAGGUCAGUCGAGCUCUGGCGAUUUCCACAGGGCCAAAGAGCCCUUUCGAGUCUAUCGGACUCGAAGUGACUAAGCUAGGCCUCAAACAGUCUCUUACAUGGACCAUCAAUGAACUGCGGAAUACAAGUCGCCUCAUACAGUCACAUGCAGCUACUGCGAAACCGGGGUUACCACCCCUGGCUGAUGUGGUUCCGCCCCCGUUCGUACACGAUAUACGUCGUUUGUCCAUCCAAGGCCAAUCUUCGGCCGUUCCCACAUCUAUAAAUGACCUCCGCAAAGCAUCACUCCCGCCAGAUACUCCUCGAAGUGAUGAUUACCACCGCCGGCUGCCCGAGCACCCACCUGUCCAGAUGCCUCGACCAUUCGAACAAGGGCUCCCCCCAGUCCUCCAAGGGGAGGAAUUAAAACGAAAUCCACCCUAUGAGCAGGCGGCUUCGGGUUCUGGGCUGUCACCACAUCCCUCGUCGUCCAGUUCGGUUUUUGGCUCUGUCCAAUCACCAAUGCAAUCUCAGCCAUCCACCAGGACGCUGCCUUCACCGCCGGGAAACCAGUAUCCGCGGACAGGAAGUUCGGAAUAUAUACAGUAUUCUCCCACGACGACUCAGGCCGCGCACAAUGCUCAUCUCCAAGAUCUGCAACAUCAGAUUUCGACCAAGACCCUCGCGCUUCAGACUCUACAGCGUGAACACGACCAGUUACUGGCCGCAUUUUCAAGGUCUCAGAUUCGAUGUACCGCCUUGGAUAAGAAGUCGCAGGUGUCAGACCAUGAAAUCAACACCUUGAGUGAGGACAAGAUCCGGCUACAGCAACAGGUGGAGGCAUUGGAGAUCCAGGUUCAAGAGUUGGUUAAGUCACGUGACGAAGCGCAUCAGCAAUCGUCAGCAGAUGGCGCACAGUGGAGACAAAUCGUGGCCAUGUCAUCGCAACUACAACUCAAGGGGGCUGACGAAGCGCGACGGUUCAAGCUGGAGCGAGAGGCGUGGGAGCGAGAGCGGUCAUCGCUGCAGAAACGAAUUGAGGAACUCGAGUCUGGUAAGGAAAAGCUUCCCGAGACGAGGCCGGUUUCUGGUUCCACGACCCCCGUGGCAAACGACCCCAUUCUGACUUCGGGCUCUGUUGAGGUUCUUAGAGAAGAGAUUAUCAGGCUUCGGCGCCGGUGCGUCGAAUUGGAACUAAUGCUUCAAGAGCUUGCGGGGGAGGCUGAGCAGAUCGAAAGUGCAAUUACCGCAAUGGAGAACGUUCGAAAAUCGCUUGCGAGCAAGAAGCGCCGCACAGACGAUAGUUAG